AUGUCAGGCUAUUAUGAAGAAAAACUCAAAUUACAGGUUACUGAUAGUGAGCGACUUGGCGACUACUGCGGAGAGACGGUGCACUUAAUUCCACAUUUUACGGAUGCAGUAAUCCAGUGGGUUGAGCAAGUGGCCAGGAUUCCCGUUGAUGGCACAUUGGAAAGGCCAGACGUUUGCAUCAUUGAGGUUGCUUCCUUGCCCUGCGGAGAAGGAAAUGGGCUGACAGUGCUGCAGCAAAAGGAGACGAGGAGAAAAAAGGAAGUGAGUGGAUUACCACACAAAUCUUAA